AGCAUCCUCUGCCCUGCACACAGCCUAUAGUUGCACUACAGGCUCUUGACACAUUCCUGUGAGUAUGUCCUGGGCUUGACCCCGGUGCCAGGUGGAUCACAUGCCCACCCCCAGAAAAGGUGCUUGUGGGUGAGGAGGUCCUGGGUCCAGGGUUUCUCCCAGCAUUAAGCUUCUGUAGUACACGUUAUACCUUAUUCCACCUAUCAAGGAUGUGAUUCCGAGGAAUUAAAUAUACUGUGUCACCAUGAUUAAAGUAGACCUGUUGUUCCAGAAACAGCCAUUCACCAUAUUGUUCGUUAUUAUUCUAUUUCAAGAUGAGGAGGUUUUCAGUGACAUUCCUCGUGGGGCCAGGAGAAGGUGGUUCCGCCAUUCCCUUUGCUCUGCCCUCCACGUUUGUGGAGGGAAGCCCUGGAGACCCUGUGCUGCAUGUCCGGCCGCCCAAAGCCCUCCCUGCAAGAGCGGGCCCAACCCCAAGACCUCAUCACACUGGAGAGCCCACUGGAUAGCACACUGUGACGGCUGAAAUGUUCUGUCGGUGCUGUCUGGUGCAGGGGCCCCUGGCUAUGGGUGCUCAUGGAAAUCCGUAUUUUGUACUGCAUUGUGCUUGAUGAGAGGUGGAGCUGAUGUGUGUGCCUGGGGAGGACGCUGAAAUAGCUGCAAGGAAUGACGCAUGUAAAAGAAUAGCUUCUCAAGAAGGGAUAGCUAUUUAUUUCCAAGGAGCUUUUAAAAACGCUUUUUGAAAGAAGAGUGAAUUGUCAUUUCGAAAUAAACUGUAGCAGUAUAAGUGCUUAGAGGCAAUUAAACUUGCAGGUCUGAGUUUUAUGUGAUUUUCAGGUCAUGGGGUUUGGUCUGUACUUGAUGGAUGGGAGUGUCAGCAACAUCUAUAAACUAGAUGCCAAGAAAAGGAUAAACUUAUCCAAGAUGGACAAGUACUUCAAGCAGCUCCAGGUGGUUCCACUGUUUGGGGACAUGCAAAUAGAACUGGCAAGAUACAUCAAGACCAGCACGCACUAUGAGGAAAAUAAAUCUCGAUGGACGUGCACAUCUUCCAGUAGCAGCCCGCAGUACAACAUCUGUGAGCAGAUGAUCCAGAUCCGGGAGGACCACAUGCGCUUCAUCUCAGAGCUGGCACGCUAUAGCAACAGUGAGGUUGUCACAGGGUCUGGCCGCCAGGAGGCUCAGAAGACAGAUGCUGAGUCCCGGAAGCUCUUCGACUUGGCACUGCAGGGCCUGCAGUUGCUGUCUCAGUGGAGCGCCCAUGUGAUGGAAGUGGUAGGCAUUCUGUGCUUGCUUUUAUUUGGAAAUGCAGGGAAUUAAAAGAACAUCAACCUC